CUCUGAGCUCGAACGCUCCUUUUGCAAGAAGACACGAUUUCAUCAGCAAAUCAGGCAGACAACUUGACGAUGCAUCGUCGCACACGGCCGCAGCGCAUGUUCGGACUUUUAUGAUGCGACUCUCCGCACUGCGACUGGACCGAGAAGGCGUUGUUUGUUUGGAGGAAGCCAGCCAUUACCAACGUUGAACGCGUUGAAGCCUAUUUGCCAAGGGGACAAUGUCACCUACAGGGACUGUGUCGAAGGACACGCGCAGGACCAGCAUACGCGCACCAAAAGUUGGCCACAAGAAGUCGCGCAAUGGAUGCCAGACUUGCAAAGCACGACGGGUAAAAUGCGAUGAAAAAACUCCGGAAUGCGGUAUAUGUCUGCGACUGGGUCUGGAUUGCACAUACGUUAUACCGGAGCCGUCAAAAUCUCGUCCAAAGUCAGGCAGCAGAGAACCUGCAUCGGGCCCGCCUCUCAUCGUCUCUCCUGCACACUCCAUUUCUCAAGGAAGCCCACCCUCGACUUACGGAGAGCCAGCUGCCCAGCAAGCGACCACAGGCCAAACGCCAGAUCCUCUGACCGAAGAGUCAGAGCAACGACGAUAUCUUGAACUCCGCCUUUUGCACCACUGGAUGCUUGCCGUCUCAAGGCCAUUUGGAAUGACCUCGCCUCCGGCCUGGAAGGAGCUUUGGUAUGGGGAAGUACCACAGGUGGCGCUGACCAAUAGAAACGUUCUAUACGCCAUGUUCACCAUGACGGCGACGCACCUCCUUGGCACUUGUCCCAAUGACAUGCCGCUGUACCAAGCGAGGGAGAAUUACUGGGUCUGGGCACUUCGUGAACAACGAGCAGCAAUCGUCGAUCUGGAUAAUUGCAACACCGACGCUGUUGCAUAUGCUGCUCUUCUGAUCAGUAUGAAUUCUCUAGCGAUGCUUCAAGAGCGUUCAAUUGAGCCAUACACUCCACCCAUCGAGUGGCUAGAGGUUGGACGUGGCACAUUCACUGUUCUGCCACCUCCUGAAGCUGUGCCCGAAGGCACGGGCUUGAGAGUCCUCAUGGACACAACGGCCAACAUAUGGCAAGCCAAUGCCACAUUUGACGCUGAGAUGCAACGAGAGUUUGGCGCAAUUCUCAACCGAGAUAUACCUUCGCAGGAUGUGUGGGACCAGGAGACUUGUGAAAGUUAUGAGACCACUCUCAGCUACAUCGGCUCAUUCCGCCGAGGCGUUCUCGCUGGCGAGGCCGCUGACAUCAAUCUACGAUGGAUCUGCAUGUUCCCAUUCAUGGUUCCCCGCAAAUUCGUUGACUUUCUGGUCGAAGGCCGUCCUCGGGCUCUGGUUACACUGGCGUAUUUCUUUGCAGUGGUUGGUCUUACCGAUGCUUUACAGUAUCUUGGCAAUACAGGCGACAGAACGACAGCGAAACGUGAGAUUUACGCAAUCAGAAGCGUCCUCUCACAAGAAUGGCAAAGCUUGAUGCAAUGGCCAUUGAACGAGAUCGGCGGAGGUUGAGGUCCUGGCAUGCAGAUCUAGCAAUAUCGCGUGAUGCUCGUCUCCGCGGGCGGCGCUGCAGCACGAAG